CACACGCCCAACAACCAUUGUGGCAAGAACCACUCGUACGAAACUUCGUGAAUGAAGCCGUCCACCUCAAGAUGAAGAAAAAAAAAGACAAAACCGCGCCAGACGACCUUGAUGGUGCUGGUGACAGCCAAGCUGCAGAGCAAACCAGUUCGGAGGGAAAGAAAAAAUACCGGAAAGACAAACCAUGGGACCAUGAAGGAAUUGAUCACUGGAAACCAGUGGCCAUUACCAAAGAUGAUGUGCCGUCGUCCGGUGUGCUCAUGGAAGAGAGCUCCUUUGCGACACUGUUCCCGCAGUACCGGGAACAAUACCUGAAGCAGGUUUGGCCCGAUGUGAAGGCAUUGCUUUCAGAGCAUGAACUUUUGGGCGAACUGAACCUAAUUGAGGGCUCUAUGACAGUGAGGACAACGAAAAAAACCUGGGAUCCAUACAUUAUCCUGAAGGCCAGGGACAUGAUCAAACUUCUGGCCAGAAGUGUGCCUUUCCCGCAAGCGAAGAAGGUUUUAGAGGAUGAGGUCUACUGCGACAUCAUGAAGAUCGGAGGUUUGGUGAGGUCCAAGGAGCGUUUUGUGAAGCGCCGCCAGCGGCUUGUGGGGCCAAACGGCUCAACAUUGAAGGCUAUUGAGCUCCUCACGCAGUGCUUCGUCUUGGUUCAAGGUCAAACCGUUUCCAUCAUGGGGUCAGUCAAGGGCAUCAAGCAGGCGCGAAGAAUAGUGGAGGAUUGCUUUCACAACAUCCAUCCGAUCUACCACAUUAAAGAGUUGAUGAUCCGUCGGGAGUUAGAGAAGGACCCAGAAUUGAAGAAUGAAAACUGGGAGCGGUUCCUGCCUCACUUCAAAAACCGCAACGUGCAGCGGAAGAAAAAGAUCAAGAAGGCAAAGAAAAAGAACAAAGACGUGUUUCCACCUCAGCCUACGCCCAGAAAAGAGGACCUGCAGAUGGAGACUGGAGAGUACUUCCUCAAUGAGAAGGAAAAAGAGCUCAGAAAAAGAGUUGCCAAACGUGAGGCUCAGCAAGCCAAAAGUGCAGAGAAAAGAAGAGAACGUGCGAAGGAAUUUGAGCCACCUGCACCCUCGAAAACCAAGAAACAGAAGGGAAAGGAGGUGGACGAGAGCGCCAAGGAGAUGGCUCAACGUUUGGCCAAAAAGGCGAAGGAAGGAAAACCGCCGAAGAAACGGGCAGCUUCCGAGCUGCUACUGUGAUCAAUGCACCUGGACCAGCGUGCUCGACAUCACUCGACAUCACUCGACAUCACUCGACAUUACUCGA